CUAUUAGUCGCAUUUUUACAAUGAAGAUAUAUCAAGUAAAGUAUGCGACGGCAUUUCUAUGUUAUUGGCCAACCUGUCAGGGUUCGCCAGAGCUUUACUUUCGAACUUAGUUUCCCUUUCUUAUCAACGUCUCGGAAGCAUGACACUGCGAGCCUUCGUGGGCUGAAGAAUGCCAAUACUGUCUCGCAGACGGAGUGGUACCACGGGCGUGAAGUGCAGAUAAGUAUUCAGUACUAUUCGCUCGUUGUUCCGUUCCGAAGCAUCCAAGCCACUGCAUUCGUGUUUUUCUUUUGCAGCUUUUGCGGGUUGCGGACUCGCAGCGGAAGCUGUUUGAACACUCAUCUUACCUGCUUCCUGGCUGCUGACACUUUCCCAUUUCCAAUUUAUCGCGAGGCGGUGUCCAUUUCCAUGAAAUCCACUCCGACUUUUCGUAACAAGAAUUGUCAUCUGUGGAUUAGAGAUGACAAUAGGUGUAAGACGUGGUGCUUGGCGAACGCCAUCUGCUGCCAUCUGCUCGCACCGACCAUCCAAUCAAGUUGACGGAAUCUUGUGCAACCUCAAUUUUUAUAUCUUCAUUUCUAAUCUGGUUCUCACGUCGCUCAACUUAUAAAGAGCAAUCAUGCCCUCAGCGAAAGAACUAUCAGCAUAUUCUCAUUCAGUGCUCAGAUGUCGGAACCUCUGCAUGUUCUCAUCAUUGGAGCUGGCAUCACCGGUUUACUCAUUGCACAAGGUCUCAAGAGGGCUGGCAUCAAAUACAGCAUCUUCGACGAAGAAGUCUCCCCUGAAAUCCGGAAACGAGAAUGGACCCUAAACCUGCAUUCUGCUCGCUCGGAUCUUAAAAAACUUCUUACGCCGGACUUAUAUUCGCGCCUCCGAGAAGCAUACACCGAUCCAAACCACAUAUGGAAAGAACUGGAGUAUACGCCAUGGUACAACUCAAAGACAGGAGAAGUCAUCCAUCGAAUUCCUAGGACGGAUACCAUCAACAUCUCGCGUCGACGGAUGAGGACACUCUGCGGCGACGGUAUCGAGGUAGAGUUCGGCAAAAGUCUUUCUGGAGUGUUGUAUGAAGGUGACAAAGUCACAGCUCACUUUUCUGAUGGAUCGGAUGUGCAAGGCGAUUUGCUGAUUGGGGCGGACGGGGUGAGGUCUAUUGUGCGAGAGAACUUACUAGGCGCUGAGAAGGCAAAUGGAACACCUUGUCAUGGGAACUUCACCACUGCAAUUGCGAAGUAUUCUGAUGCUGAGACGGCAUUGAGAGUCAGGAGCGGGGACUGGGAGGCUUGCAUCGGGUACCACCCAGAUGGAAUGUGUAAUAUGAUUGCCAUCUCAAAUGUGCCAGAUCCAGAUGAUCCCACGACCUGGGAAUUCAACAUCGCCAAUUCAGUGCUAAGCGAGCCACCUAAAGACACGGACAACGCAAGUCGACUACAGAAUGUCAGACUGCGAUGCGAGAACAUGGCAGAGCCAUUCAGAAGCUCUUUCAUGGAUCUUCCAGACUCCACGAGAGUUUUCAACGACAAGUUGUACUAUUGGAUACCAGUGCCUUGGGACAAUCACAGAGGAAAGACCACUCUUGCUGGAGAUGCCGCGCAUCCUAUGCCGCCAUUUCGUGGCCAAGGACUUGGCCAAAGCAUACGCGAUGCAGCUAACUUGGUCGAUUUGCUGAAGAAGCAUUCCUCGUCCGAAGAAGCUACGCUCUCUAAGAUCAUUGACGAGUAUGAGAAAGAGAUGAUUACACGUGGGGUACAGGAGGUGGAAUUAUCUCUCAAAGCCAUGAGUAUUGGUCACGAUUGGGAUAAGCUGAUGGAACAUCCUACCAUCAAGUUAGCAGGCAAGAAGAUAUCGGAUAUGAAAGAGGCGGUUCUGUCCAACUAGCUCUUCCGAACCGACGAGCAGCCACCAGCCAUCAAAUUGCAUAUUCUAUAA